CGUGAACUGAGCUGCGUUUCACCGGGAACAGAAGCUUUUCAUUUUAGCUAACGCUAACUAUUGUGCUGCACUGCAUACGAACGUAAAGUUAAGUCAGAUAUUUUCUAGGUGUCAUACAAAACAAACUCUCAGCUCUCGACUAGGUUCGGUGUUCAUGUAACUAGUAGCGGACGGUUCUCUUUGCAGCUCCCAGACCCUAAUUGAUGGAUGCUAGGUACACAGUCGAUUAUGAUGCUAACGCUAGCUAUCUGCUAACGGCAUCUAGCUAGCUAACGUUAAAUAGUUGAAACUGGCAGUUGUUCGAACACAGCCACGAUUUAUCCAGAAACAAUGCCAACGGAUCCGAGGACAAGCUGGAUACUGUCGGGCACGACUGCUGCCUUUGUGGCCGCUCUGUACGUGCCAUGUGUGCAGAGAACGGUUCCCGGUGGAGACUCAGGAGAGCUGAUCACCACUGCUUGUGAGCUGGGGGUGGCCCAUCCUCCAGGAUACCCCGUCUUUACCCUGCUCGCUCGUCUGGCUAUGUGUCUUCUGCCCUCACUCUCCCCGGCUCACAGUGUCAACCUGAUGAGCAGCCUGCUGGGGGCUGCAGCCUCUGGCACCCUCUGCCUUACUGUCUGCAGGUUGGAGGGCCCCGGCCCCGGAGCAGUGCUGGCGGGAGGCCUCUUCGCCGCGUCCAGGCUGAGCUGGCAGUGGUCCGUGGUGGCGGAGGUCUUUGCCCUCAACAACCUUUUUGUCGGCCUGCUCUUCUUCUUGACUGCCAGCUUCCACCGUGCCGAGAACGCCGCCCGGAGGCGGAAGAUUGCACACGUGGGAGCCCUUUGCUGUGGCCUGGGGCUCUGUAACCAGCACACCCUGGUGCUGUAUGUGCUGCUCAUCAUUCCCUGGGUCCUUCACCGACUUCACUCCCUCGCGGAGCUGAAUUUGCGCGGCCUUGUGUCUCUGGGAGCGUGUUUCUUCUCUGGCUUCCUGCCGUAUGUCUACCUGCCCGUCUCCUCCUUCCUCAACGCGGCCCGUUGGAGCUGGGGGGAUCAGACCACGCCGUCAGGCCUCCUAACACACCUGCUGCGGGCUGAAUAUGGCACCUUCAGUCUGGCAAAGACAGAGAGCCCUGUAAACCUGACCUCAAUGCUAAAGGCCCAGUUAAACCACUGCCUGGAGGACCUCUCCCUUCCCGCUCUGGUGCUGGCGGGAAUAGGCCUCCUCCUCUCCUCGUGGGACAGGGCGUGCCGCUCGGUGUCCGGGCUGUUCGCCGCCACGCUGCUGGUCUACUCGCUGUUCUUCGCCUGGAGAGCCAACCUGGACAUUAGCAGGCCGCUGCUGCUUGGAGUGGUCGAGCGCUUCUGGCUGCAGGGGGACGCUGCGUUGUGCGUGCUGGCAGGCCUCGGCUUGAGCCGGACUCACACCGUGCUGGAGGGGAGCUUGGGCCGUGGGGGGUUGUGGAAGACCUCGGGCUGGGUCCUCACCGUGGCUCUGCUGGCACACAUGGUGCACACCAAUCACAAGGAGUGCGAUCAGAGCACAAACGCUGUGGUCGAGAGGUUCGGCAGGGAGCUUCUGGCCUCCGUCCCAACAGACUCGAUCGUCCUGACCAGAGGAGAUCUGCCCGGAAACUCCAUGCGCUACUUGUACUACUGCGAGGGCGUCCGGCCCGAUGUACGUCUGGUCGACCAGGAGAUGAUGACAUAUGCCUGGUAUGUGGCCAAGCAUGCUCUGCACCACCCUGGGGUGCACUUUCCUGGCCGCUGGUGGGAUCCAGUCCACCCUGAGGGGAGCGACACCUUCAGUCUGAAGCAGUUUCUGUCCCACAACACACAGAGGCACGUGUUCGCCUGCAUUGGGCUAUCCGAAGGAGACUCGAGUUGGGAAGACAGUUUCUAUCUUUGGCCCAUGGGUGUCUGCGACUACCUGGUGCCGACGCAGAGGCAGUUCCACCCUGAACGGUGGGCCCAACGGACUCGCAACAUCUACAACUGGAGUGAGCCACACAACAGUUUCCAUCCUGCGUCCUGGGAGCGUGUCGCUAACGAGGAGAUGUGGCAAGCCAGGAUGAAGACGGCUUUCUUUCUGUUUGACCUGGCGGAAAGGAUGCAGGGAGAGGGGAAAGCUCGCCUGUUGGAGCUGUCGUACACUCUGUACAGGGAGAUUGUGGAGGCCCACUCGGACUACCCUCCAAACUGGGACAAGAACUUGGCGCUGGCCUGCGAGAGGCUGCUACGAUCAGGCCACCGGGGCCACAGCGCCGACGGCCUGCUGACCUGCGGCGCCCGCCACUUUGGUCUGUACCUGCAGAAGGAACCCACGGAUCCCCAGGCGGCCGCCAUACGCUCCGCCAUCGCCGACCUGCUAAAAGAGAGGGACGAGCUCCGGCGGAGCGCGAGGCGAAGCCCGUAGGCCGACCCACGGGGAGCCAACAUGGGCCUUUUUCUCGUGGCUGGCGGGAAGGCGGCGCUCCGGGAGGCUUCAAUGAUUUUGAGGUUUCGGGCCUAAUGGGCUUGGCCAAAUUCCACUUCCAGAUGAGUUUGGAGUCAGGAAGAAUGGUGAUGUACUGGGACUUUGUUGUCAAGCAGGACACACGGGACAGAGAACUGCCACUUGAUGAACCUUCAGGCAGCCUCGACUGACCCCAAUCAGACCGGGCACGCUCCCCUCUAACUCACCCGUUCGAUUGCUUUAUCGUUACAUCUCAUUCCUUUUUCCUCUGCUCUCCUCUUCUGCUCUCACGGCUUUUAACGCGCCGCCACUCCUCCGCUUCUCAUUUUCUCACAUUAGGAUGGCGGGGCCGAGAUUGAGGGAAAACCAAUUAGGGGGCAGAAUUGGGGGAUUAGAGCGGCCGUUUAAUCUAGGACAGACUUGUGCUGUACCACACAGUCCUCACUGCGCGUAACCAGCACUACCCACGCAGCCCCCUAUCCUCACAUCAGUCCGCUGUAUCUUGGAUGGUCCUUUAAAUGUUUAAACAACUAAUGGGUUCAAUCGAUUUUUUUCUUUCUUUUCUUAACAGGAGGGUGUGUGUGUGUGUGUGUGUGUGUGUGUGUGUGUGUGUGUGUGUGUGUGUGUGUGUGUGUGUGUGUGUGUGUGUGUGUGUGUGUGUUUGUGUUUGUGUGAAUGCCUAAAUCUCCACCCAAGCCCCUUUCUUUGUUGCAACUGCAUAUACACGUAGUUAAUAAACUGAUGACUUUGAUCAUCGUAGAAGCACAGAAUCACGCAAAUUCGAGGGGCCCGCGGAGCAACCACAACCUUUGACCCCCCCCCCCCCCAUUUAUCUCAACACACGGGACCUUCACCCCAGUGAUGGUUGUUUGAGAGACAUUGAAUGGACCGGAGUCACUGUCUUUAGUUUUUAGUGUCCAGGCCCUCGGUUAAACGCUGAAUGGGGCCAUGAAGUGAGUUUAGGGGAAAAGGGUCUCUUGUCGAAACGGUUCAUGAAACACUUCCUCAUCCCCAGAGGGAAACCUGUCACCCUGUUUUUCUACUGAUUCAAACAUUUCAAUAAAGAUUCUGUUUUUUUUCUCUCUCACAUUUUUGAUAAUUCUUUCCAUAAUAGACCAGGCCUAACAUAUAAUCAUUUUGAUCAUAUUUUUCAAAGAGUUUGAACCUCUCGCACACAUGUUUGUUUGUUUGGGUGCCUUCCUGUUAUUUGUACUUUACUUUCGUACUGUUUUUUUUUUCGUUUGUCUCUUGUCUGCCGCCCUCUCAUCCCCUCUCAACCUGUCUUUCCCUAACCCCUCUGUUCCUCCCCUCUCCCCUGCCUCUGAGAGUCAGUUGCCCACCCUAAACCAGCAAGCUGCCGAGGAUUCUGGGAACCCGUGGAAUCGCCGUGACCAGGGAUGCAGGCAGGGAGCCACGGCAACGCUGGAAUGUGGGGCGUCUGAGGAGAUAAGAGCUGUGAGCCCAGCCGGGGAGAGGGGAGGGAUGCAGCA